GGUUGAUGGCCGACCACGGUGUUUGAAGACGAUGAAAUAGGCAGAAUAUUAUUGCCUAUUUUAGCAAUUUAAUUAUUAAUAAUGUGCCCGCAAUAAUAACUUUUAUUUUAUAUAACUAAUGUGGUUGUUGACGGUCUAGUUAAUAUACAGAUCUCCUGUCCAUGCACCACAAAAUUUGCGACAAAUAGUUUACACAACACACUCUAGAAUGGAUCCAUCAUGUUCACAUUCCAAGUGUGACGUAUAUGAGGGGACUAACCAAGUCCCCUUCAACAGCAAUGCAGAGAAAAAGACUGAUAGCAGCACCAAUAUGGUAGACAAAGAAAUUAACACUCAAGGUAAUGAUAGACAGAUUAUAGAUGAUAUUGAACGCGAGGAUUUUGAAGAGGAAAAUCGUAUCAUUAAUCACUGCACGAGUAUGAUAGUGGAGGGUAAGAGCCCAGCGCCCGCUCACUUCUCGGGCAACUUGAGUGUCAAUUCCAGUCUAGCAUCCAGUUCGGAAACCAUAUCUACAUUCUCUAUAGCCAAUGACUACAGUUUGCCAGGCUGCAGCAAGGGCCAAUCCUGCGAAGACAGCAAUGCUACUAUAAAAAAUAUGAUUCAGUCACGAAAACCAUUUGUUGAAGAGCCUAAAGUGGAUUUCAUGCAGAAACUUCUGAAUAGCAAUACUCAUGAGAAGAAAGACUUUCCAAAAGGAAAAAUGUAUAAAGCAGAGCCUGAAUUAGAAACGGAGGCCAGCGCCUGCGGUGUGGAAUCUGCGCCCGGGAGGACCAGCUCAAACGCUUCCAACAGCAGUUCCAAUUCGGACAGUACGAAAGAUUUUAGUGUUCCAUCGACAUCUAAUGCUGAGAAGCUACUUGGCCUGAGUGAUAAUAGCAGAAAGAGUGAACCUGGUAGUUCUAAAUCAUCGACUUACAUGCAGUACUGCGAAGGGGAAGAAGACUCAGAUGAUGAUGUGGACGAAGAAUCAUGGUGCACAUGCUUAUCCUCACAUGAGGAUGACGAUGAAGAUGACCCUGAACCAGAACCUGAGAGACUAUGGAGGAAACGGAGGUACGAGCCGCCACCGCCGCAGUGCGCGAAGAAAUUUUGCCCCGAUGGUGGCCGGCCCAUGCAAGACAAUAGUUGGUCGCGGAACCUCAAUGGGAAUAUGCAAGGCACCAACACCGUUCAAGGACCGCCUGAAAUAGAACAGUGGCUUAACAGGUUCCAAACGUGGUCCAACAGUGAGAAGAGCCAGGCGAUAGACGCGCUAAUCAGCCGCUGCACAGCCAGUCAUGUGCGCUACAUGAUGGAGGCCAUCGAGCCCCUGUUCCAGCGGGACUUCAUCUCGCUGCUGCCCAAGGAGCUGGCGCUGACAGUGCUGGGCUACCUUCAGCCGCGGGACCUGCUUCGGGCCGCGCGGACCUGCCGCUACUGGAGGUUCUUAGCGGACGACAAUCUGCUAUGGAAAGAGCAAUGCCGUCGCAUCGGCAUCACAACCCUCAAGAAGAUGCCGCGCUCUUUGCCCCGCUGCGCCAGCCCAUGGAAGGCGGCUUAUAUGAGGCACUACCUCAUUGAGAACAACUGGCUACACAAGCCGGUCACCAGCCCCAUCGUCAUGCGCGGGCACGAUGAGCACGUCAUCACCUGUCUACAGUUCUACGGGAAUCGAAUCCUCAGCGGCAGCGAUGAUACCACGCUGAAGAUAUGGUCCGCGGUCACGGGCAAAUGCCUCCGCACCCUGGUGGGUCACUCGGGUGGGGUGUGGUCGUCGCAGAUGGUGGGGGACCUAGUGAUCAGUGGGUCAACGGACCGCACCCUGCGCGUUUGGAACGCCCGCAGUGGGCAGUGCCUCAAGGUGCUGGCCGGCCACACGUCGACAGUGCGCUGCAUGCAUCUCUACCAGAACCGUGUGGUUUCCGGUUCCCGCGACGCCACGUUGCGCGUAUGGUCGAUCCCCGAGGGCCGUUGUCUCCGCGUUUUGGUCGGCCAUCUUGCGGCCGUUCGCUGCGUCCAGUACGACGGCCGAGUGGUCGUCUCCGGCGCCUACGAUUACUUCGUCAAAGUAUGGAAUCCGGACACGGGCGAGUGUCUGCAUACACUCGCCGGACACACCAACAGGGUGUAUAGUUUGCAGUUCGACGGCGUGCACGUGGUAAGCGGUUCACUGGAUACGUCGAUCCGCGUUUGGGACGUGGAGUCGGGCCAGCUGAAGCAUACGCUGACGGGCCACCAGUCCCUCACAUCAGGCAUGGAACUCCACUCCAACAUCCUGGUGUCCGGAAACGCGGACUCCACCGUCAAAGUGUGGGACAUCACCACGGGCCACUGUCUGCACACGCUGUCAGGGCCAAACAAGCACGAAUCCGCCGUGACAUGCCUCCAAUCGAGCAACCGUUUCGUGAUCACCUCCUCCGACGACGGCACCGUCAAACUGUGGGACUUGCGCACCGGUGAGUUCAUCCGAAACCUGGUUAAACUAGGAUCUGGCGGUACAGGAGGCGUAGUAUGGCGGAUCAGGGCAUCAGCCACGAAGCUCAUAUGCGCCGUCGGCUCCAGGAAUGGCACGGAGGAGACCAAGCUUCUGGUGUUGGACUUUGACGUGCCCGGCGCUUGUCGCAAAUGCGACGAAUAGCAUCGACUCAACCGGCGCAUGCUGCGUCGUCUAGCCAACCUGUACGCCCCGUGGCACUGCUGAGGUAGCGGCACGUAACUCUAGCGCUGAACAAAACGAGGAGGGGAUAGCUGCGUAGGAAUGGCGAAGUUUUGUUUCGGAAAAAAAAUCGGUUUUUAAAUCGAUCCACAAAAAAAUCGAGGCCAAAAAAAAUCGAUUUCCGAAAAAUCGUUUUUUUUUUUUCAAGUUUUUGUUAAUCUAUCUAUCUAUAUAUAUAUAUAAAAAUGAAACCCGUUUUCCG